AGCAGGACCGAGAAGAAGAGUAAGAAGAUCCUUUCAAAGUGAGUCAAAUUGGCAACACACACUUCGCGCAGAGUGGCUGUCGUGCUUUUUCGGUGAAAUCUAGUUAAUUUAUCGGUCGAAACUAAUCACCAGCGAGCGCUAGCGAAAGUGCGAUAAUGUCUUCAGGUGAACAGCAAACGCAGGCCACCACUGGCCAGCCGCAUCUCCAGAAACAGGACCUUUCUCAGCUGGACAUUUCCAAGCUGACGCCACUAUCGCCGGAGGUGAUUUCCCGCCAGGCCACUAUCAACAUUGGCACGAUUGGUCAUGUAGCCCACGGAAAGUCCACCGUCGUAAAGGCCAUCUCCGGAGUGCAGACCGUCCGUUUCAAGAACGAGCUGGAGCGUAACAUUACCAUCAAGCUCGAGCCGUUGUCCGACGAGCUUAUCGACCGGCUAACGACGAGUCCCGCCGAGUUGGCGCAGUAUAUAAAAAUGACUCACGAACGGUACAAAAUUGAGACGCCUCCGGCUGCGUCCGGCGGCAAGCGUCGUCGGGAGCCCGAAUCGAGCCCAUCGGGGGAUGGUAGUCGAUUAAAGCAGGCAAAAAUCAGCAACUACUUCAAUGGUAAUGGCACCCCGACGACUGCCGACCCCAAGCUGAAACAACGUAACAUUGAAUUCUAUUUCAACCGAGCAAUUGGAAAUGGUGCUGGUAAAGAGGUUAGCAACGGAAGUCACGAGCCUUCGAAAGAUGCUGACCAUAAUGACGACGAUGUUGAUUCGGUAAUAAGCAUCGAGUCGACGUCGAGAAGGUCCUUGAGAAGCAUCACUCCAUCCUCCUCACGGGUCUCGUCUAGAAGAAAAUCGAUCACUUCGGUUAUGAGCGAAGGCAGCUCUGGAUCGCCUUCAACUCGUGGUCAAACCAGUACGGGAGGAUCCACUCCGCAGUCAGCUAGUGACAAGAAGCGCAAAUCCCACACCAAUCCAAAAGCGAACAAGAUUGGUGAAUACUCAGUGGAGGAAAUCCUAGACAUCCAGGAGAUCUCCAAUGCGCCAUACUUCCACAUUAAGUGGCGCGGUUAUAGUUCAAAAAGCAACACCUGGGAACCGUUGAACAACAUUAGAACCUGCAACUCUCUCCAGGAGUUUCUACAGUACGAGGUGGGAGCACAUCAGGAUGUGAUCAACGAAAUUCGCGAGGAUGUCGCCAAAACAGAAGACUAUCAAGAAAAACUGAAAGCACAUGAAGCGAAAUCUUUCAACGAAAUGCUGAACGAAUACGAAAAGUUCGACCCCCUAGGUUUCGAUAGCGACCUGAUUCUGUUCGCCAAAAUCCGCAUGAAUGAUUGUAAGAAUAAACGAAUCUACGACCGAAUUUUAGCGAACAUUGGUUUGGAAAUGUCCUACAGAAAGCGCCACGAUCAGUUGCUCAAAAUGAAGCAGUUUGAAGAUAUGAUCAACGAGUUCGAACCGAGCAGUAAGAUAGUGCUAGAAAAUUUACAGGAUUUCGAUGUGCCUCAGCAGCAAAACUUCAAAUAUAUCAAGGAAAAUCUCGCUGGCGAAGGCGUAAGCAUUCCAGAUGAUCCACCGUACGGAUGCGAGUGCGAGCAUUGCAACUUCCGGAGCGAUUGCUGUGGCAAGAUGGCCGGAUCCAGAAUAGCCUACAGCGUGAAGAAACGCCUCAACGUUGUACCCGGAACGCCCAUCUACGAGUGCAACAAACGUUGCAAAUGUAGUUCGGAUUGUAGCAAUCGUGUUUUGCAAAACGGACGUAAGUUCAACGUGACUCUCUUCAAAACCUCAAACGGACGUGGUUGGGGUGUAAAAACCAAUCAAACCAUCUACGAGGGCUGGUAUAUCACGGAAUAUAUCGGGGAGGUCAUCACAUACGAGGAAGCGGAGAAACGUGGCCGCGAAUAUGAUGCCGUCGGUCGAACCUACUUGUUUGAUCUGGAUUUCAACGGAAGCGACAAUCCGUACACAAUCGAUGCUGCCCACUACGGUAACAUUGCACGCUUCAUCAACCAUUCGUGUGAUCCGAACUGUGGUAUCUGGUCGGUUUGGGUGAAUUGCCUGGAUCCGAACCUGCCGCGGUUAGCGUUCUUUGCCAAACGGAAAAUCGAAGCCGGCGAAGAACUGACCAUCAACUAUCAAACGCAAGUGAACGAAAGUCGCGCGCUGGACGUGAGUCAGGAAAACGAGGAGAACCAGGCAAAAGUUGUGGACGAUGGAGGCCCGGGAAGGGGUAAACCGGAUCCGGAGAAUUUAACCGAAUGCCGAUGCGGAGCGGACAAUUGUAAGAAGUAUGUAUUUUAAGUUGGUGCUGGACAAGCUGCCUUGCAACCCCGGAUCUCAUGCCGGUUAUAGCAUGUAAGAUGAAAUAUUGUAUUUUUACAAUUCAAUUUUAUGGAUAGAGAAUUGUGCCUAAAUAAAACCAUCUGUAAGAACUGUGUGGGAUU